AUGGCUAGCUCGGCGAGUGAUAGCCAUAGUAUCCUCCAAAAACUUAUCAAUAACUUAUCUGGUGAUCUUCGUCAACUAUCAACUGAAACGAAGAAAAAAUAUCCACCUAUAAAAGAGGCAGCGGAAGCAUGUAACAUGAAACUACGAGAAUAUAGUACGAUGAAGGACAAUUUGAGCACAGUCAUGCGCGAUGCUAGUGUUGAUCUAUUACAACCAUUUGUCUUGGGCUGUGAUACGAAACAAGUUAAGAUCGUUCAAUUAUGUUUGACUUCAAUACAAAAAUUACUUCAACAUCAUAUUGUUAAUCAAGCAUCGGCAGCAACGAUUGUUAACGUUUUGAGUGCUCUGUGUGAAUUGCAAACGGAAGAAUUGAAAAUUUUACAAACAGUUCUUCUACUUGUGAAUACAACAUCCGUCGUUGUCCAUAAUACACUGGCUACAUUAUUCGUCAUUACAUUUCGAUUAUGCUUCAGCAAAGAUCCAACUAUUGUAAAUACUUCAACAGCUGCUGUCCGACAACUCGUCACAGCUGUGUACGAUCGUGUUAAAGAAGAAGAUGCUCAAUAUGCAUCAUCCGGUGAUCAAUUCAAUCAAGAAGCUGAUCUUUCAAAACAGCAACAACAGUUACAAUACAAUGCUGAUACAUUACGUCCGUAUGCUCGAGAUGCUUAUCUUCUAUUUCAAGAUCUUUGCUAUUUGAUUAACGGUGAACAGCCGAUAUGGUUAGUGGGUUUAACAGAAAUCACCCGUACUUUGAUACUGGAAUUAAUCGAGACGAUAUUAACUGGUUAUGCGCCCAUCUUUCAUCGUCAUAAUGAAUUUCGUUAUCUAUUGAAAGAACGAGUGUCACCAUUGAUUAUUAAACUGUUUUCUCCGGGCGCCAAACAUUCAAAUCCAAAUUCCAAUCUUUCAAGUGGAUCGAAUUCCAAUACAACUUAUGAUAACGCUUACUUUCCAUUGAUAGCACGUCUUCUACGUGUUGUUUGUAUCCUAAUUCGAUUCUAUUUUACGUUAUUAAUAACAGAAUGUGAAAUCUUCUUAUCUCUAUUGAUUAAAUUACUCGAACCUGAUAAACCUGUUUGGCAGAGAUCAUUGGCGAUUGAAUGUAUUCACAAAAUCAUCAUUCAACAGAAUUUAAUAGAAUUAUUCUGUUUAUCGUAUGAUAUGCAGCCACACGCCAGCAAGAUUUUACGAGAUUUGACAAAUGCCAUCAGUUCUUAUGUGCAGUCGUAUUUCAAUAGUAUACCCAUUUCCUCGAAUUCUUCAACAACGAGUGGACAAGCAAAUGCCACUAAUGCUGCUAGUUCAGAUAAGAAAUCUUCCGGAACUAGCACUGGAUCCAAAUUAGACAAUUCCAACGCAUCCAAUCUUGCCAAUGGUGCUGCAGGUUCAUCAAAUACUGUUCUUUUCGCGUACAGAAAUUCUGUGGUACCACAGUAUGUCACCUAUACACAAGGUCAAGCAAAAGCUGUGUAUGUCGAAAACUGGGAGAAGUUCGAUUGUCCACUCAUUCCCGAUUCGUAUGGAAUCGUUGUUGCUUAUGCCUGUAUGCUUGAAUUGGUUCGAGCUGUGCAAUCGAUCAUUGAAGGUUCAGGUAUGCGUGGUGAUACAAUUGCCGGAACACAAUUGCGUACAUCAGGACAAUUACGUCCAUUAGACAGUUUAACAGAUGCUGAACGACAUGAAUGUGUCGAAGUUGUUAAUUGUACAUGGUCAAGUGUUCUAGUAACGUUUACACUUUUGUAUGACGUAUGUUAUGAUGAUACAACAUGCGAACUGCUUUUACGAGGAUUUCAAACUUAUAUCUCCCUAUGUGGUAUGCUUGGAAUGAAUGUCCAACGUGAUGCAUUUGUGACUUGUCUCUGUAAAAUGGCAUUACCACCACAGUACAAUAUUCAUCUGUUAAGCAAGCAACAAAAUAGUGAACAGCAGCAGCAACAAAGUUUAUUACAAAAAUUAACAGCGCGAACAAGUGCAGAUGGAUCUGGCGGUGGUGAUUUUGAAAGGCAACAAGUGGUUAUCAUUGGAACACCUUUACCACUUCUAAACUCAACUCCAGCAACAAAUCAAACUGCUGUCAUGUUGACAUCGAAAAAUAUUCAUUGUAUGCGAACACUUCUGUCAGUUGCACACUGCUACGGAGGUAUACUUGGUACAUCGUGGCAUUUAAUUCUCACAACUCUUCAACAUCUUGUUUGGAUUAUUGGGUUUAAACCCUCUACUGGUGGCACCCUUAAACACGUUGGAACAAUUGCUAAUACUGACGCGGCACCGAUGGCUAAUUCAUCGGCUGUGGUGACAACAGCAGCUAUGGCGGAUUUGCCGAUUCUAUCGUCGAUGCUUUCGCGCUUAUUCGAGUCCAGUGUUUAUCUAGAUGAUGUAGCACUACAUCAUUUAAUUGAUGCACUUAUACGUUUAAGUAUUGAGUCAAUGGAAGUGGCGAUCAUCGUUCGUGAACCAUCUCUAUUUGCAAUUGCAAAAAUUCUUGAAACCGGCCGAGCUAAUCUAAAUCGUAUUGGUGUUUGGUGGAAACCAAUUUCCUCACAUUUACUUGAUGUUUGUCAACAUACCAAUCCUCGUAUGCGUGAAUGGGGUACAGAAGCAUUGACCUCACUGGUUCGCAAUGCUUUGGAAUAUAAAUAUGAACAAAGUCUCUUUGAUAAUGAACGUUUAUUACAUAUGAUUAUUCUGUCACUACAUGAACUAUCAUUAAUUCAACAUUUCGAUGUCCGACAAAAACAACUCGAAGCAACAUUAUCCAUUCUAACGAAUAACGGGCCAACAUUACAGACAGGCUGGCCGAUCAUAUUGAAUAUCAUCGGAUCGAUAACACGUGAACAUAAUGAUUCAUUGAUACGUCAAGCUCAACAAUGUUUACAAUUGGUCGUUACUGAUUUUCUAUCGACGAUUCCAAUUUGUUAUUUGGGUAUUCUCAUUAAAGUCGUAGCCAAAUUCGGUUUUCAAGAGCAAGAUUUAAACAUUGCUCUGUCAGCUAUCGGUCUACUUUGGAAUAUGACCGAUUAUCUGUUUCGUAUGAAAGAACAAGAACAUCAAUUAAAAAACGUGAAUGAUUAUCUGGAUCCUAAUGAAAUCUAUGAUAAUUUAACAGCGAUCGAAGAAUUAUGGAUGAUUCUAUAUCGGAAACUAAGCGAAUUAACUAUCGAUCAACGUCCAGCAAUACGUAAAUCUGCUUCAUCCACGUUAUUCACAAUGAUAACAUCUCACGGGCAGUUGCUGAGCACAGGUGCUUGGAGUAUUCUCAUCUGGCAAGUUCUAUUUCCUCUAUUUGAACAAGUGGAACAGUUCUUUUACACGGCAUCGAAAGAAAGAGAACAACAACAACAACAAAUGUCGAAAUCGUCAACGGGUGGCCAAGAAAUACUAAUGCAUCAUUCGCGAGAUACACCAGAAAAACAGUGGGCUGAAACGUAUGUGAUGAUCUUAGCAGGUGUGACUCGAACAGUUCAAGUAAAAAAAGACUUCCUUGCUAAAUUGGAUGACUUUCCUCGAGUCUGGAACGUUCUUCUAACUAACAUUGAAAAAUCGGCGUUGGCCAAAAAUCCUGAAAUAGCUCUUGCUGCAUUGAAAAGUUUCAAUGAUCUUGUCAAUGUUCCGGCUAGUUCCUCCUCAUCAUCGCAAUCACCGAAGAAACCCUUGUCGUCACAUGAUCAACAACUUUGGCAGCAAGCUUGGCAAGUUUGGUUGAACAUUGGCAACGGAUGCAGUCGCUGUCCACCCGAACGUAUUAUAAUCAUCGAUCGUUAUGAUUCCAAUAUUCCCUCACAAAAUUUCCUGACAUUCUAUAUUGACAUCUUUCCAAAUUUAAUCACUCAUAUUUGGUCAUGUGAUUUUAUUCAGAAUGAAAAGCAUUUCGAACAAUUUGCAACGAUUAUCGAACGCGUACUCGCUGUUCCAAUACAUUCAGAUAUGGCUUUAUUUUUGAUUCCAACAGAUGUCAAUCUAACUUUACUACAAGAAUCAGCAUACAAAGCAAUGGAAUUUGUUUAUAGAAAUCUCAAAGUUGAAUUAACGAAAUCGUCAAAUGCGUCUGCACUUUUACCUAUUGUAUUCAAACGUUUGCUCGUCUUGGUCCUUUAUGCAAUCAAUCCACCAGUAUUUGAUUGUACAGAACAAAUUAAGAAGAUUUCAAUUAAUAAACAACAAUCCAAUGGCAAAACGAGCGACUCCAAUGUGAAUUUCGUGCCGUUUAGUGAGAAAAUCCUUCGGAUGACGGUGAAUUUUUAUGAAGAUCUUGCUGAUAAUCCAGCAGUCAUUGAAAAUGGCACUUUACAAACCAUUAUUCAAACAUUACAAAUACCAUUAUCGAUGAAAUAUAAUUGUCCAAGUUCAUCAACUUGGAAAUUAGCGAUUGAAUGCUUCUUUCGUGUAUUAAAGGUUGGACUUGUUGUCGCGCGAAAACAUCGCAAUGCAUUCGAAAGCAUGUGGACAGAGCUGGCGAAAACAUUUGAUGAUUUCCUGUUCUCAAAAAGUGUUCCUCCAGCAGACAUCCCAAUAGAAGAAAUUCAACGAGACGAAGCGAUCGAUUGUCAAACAAUUGAAUUAAUUCGCGAUGAUAUUUUACCUUACACUAAUGUUUUACCAGAAUCAUUCAUAACAAAAAUCUUGAAUAUACUCAAUCGAGGUUCAAUCUAUUCAUGUGCUACAGAUAACUUCAUCGAUAUCGAUUCUGCUCGUCGAUUACGAGAAGAAUUUUCGAAGAUCUGUUUCGAAACUUUACUCAAAUAUUCCUUUAUAAACGAACCAUCAUCAACAAGUGACAAUGUGGUCAUCACACGUCUUGCUUUAAGUUCGAUGUUGAAUCGUUGCAAAGAAAUCUUACAGAAAUAUGCCCAUGACGAACGCUUGCAUGGCAAAUGUCCAUUGCCACGUAGUGAUAAUCUCGAACCCGUCGUUGGAGCAGUCAACCACAAUCACAACAGCUUAACUCCUUUUUCACCACGCACAGCUGAAAUGAUUUCUGUACUCAAAGCACUAAGUACAUUGAUCGGUGCAUUGAAACGAGCACCCAAAGAUUCCGUGGAAAUUGCAAUCUGGCAUCAGUUAAUUGCAUUAUAUCCAUGUUUAGUAGAAUGUACAACAUCACCCUCGCAACAAAUCUGUAACGCAAUUAAAGAUACACUUCAUCAAUAUUUUUCACUUUUAACACCACCACCAUCAGUUCGAUAA